CGGCCGCCGUUCAAGUACGCACCACUUCUGUCUAUCAGUGCAAUAAACAACGGCUAGCACACACGGACGCAGAACAAACCCUUCCCGAACAAUUACCACAAUAAAACAAAAAUAUCGCAAUUAGCUACAUCUCCACCCGAUCCUAAUGAAGGAUCUCCGGCCUGACUGACUAGGAGAUGGGAAUACUUAACAUAAUAGACCAGACUUUGCUGGUCCAGGCUAUAUUUAGCCGAAAUGCAGAGGAAGUGAAGUUUUUGUUGCACAAGAAUGAAGAAGUCAAUGCACUGGACCAAGAACGCCGUACUCCCUUACAUGCUGCUGCGUGUUUGGGCGACGUUCACAUUAUGGACCUCCUCAUUAAUUCAGGUGCUAGUGUUAAUGCUAAGGAUCAAGGCUGGCUGACACCCCUGCAUCGGGCAGCUGCCUCACGGAAUGAAAAGGCUGUGGGGCUGCUUCUGAAGCAGGAUGCGGAGGUCAAUCUGCGAGAUAAGUUUUGGCAGACGCCGUUGCACGUGGCGGCGGCGAACCGGGCCACACGCUGCGCUGAGGCCCUAAUCCCCAAGCUGAGCAGCCUGAACGUAGCAGACCGCUCCGGCAGGACAGCUCUGCACCAUGCAGCACACAGUGGCCACGUGGAGAUGGUGAAUUUGCUCCUCAACAAAGGGGCGAACUUGAGUGCCAGCGAUAAGAAGGAGAGGCAGCCAAUCCACUGGGCCGCAUACCUCGGGCAUCUGGAGAUCGUGAAGCUACUGGUGUCGCGGAGUGCGGACGCCAUGUGCAGGGACAAGCGAGGUUAUACCCCGCUCCACGCCGCAGCUGCCAGCGGCCAGAUCGAGGUGGUCAAGUACCUGCUGCGGCUGGGGUCAGAGAUUGACGAGCCCAACACUUUUGGGAACACAGCGCUCCACAUGGCGUGCUACACAGGCCAGGAGGCGGUUGCCAACGAGCUGGUGAACCGAGGCGCCAACGUCAACCAGCCAAACCAGCGCGGCUGCACACCGCUGCACCUGGCUGCUGUCUCCACCAAUGGGGCGCUUUGCCUCGAGCUGCUAGUUAACAACGGUGCUGAUGUCAACAUGCAGAGUAAAGAAGGGAAGAGUCCUUUGCACAUGGCCGCUAUUCACGGGCGCUUCACUCGCUCCCAAAUCCUUAUCCAAAACGGUGGGGAGAUCGACUGUGUAGAUAAAUAUGGCAAUACUCCUCUUCACGUUGCUGCUAAGCAUGGCCACGAGCUGCUGAUCAGCACCCUGAUGACUAAUGGUGCUGACACGGCCAGGCAAGGGAUUAAUGGGAUGUUUCCAUUGCAUUUGGCUGUGCUCUACGGGUUUUCAGACUGUUGUCGCAAGUUACUUUCCUCAGGUCAGCUGUACAGCAUUGUAUCAUCUCUGAGCAACGAGCACGUGCUGUCAGCAGGGUUUGACAUAAACACCCCAGACAGCUCGGGGAGGACCUGCCUGCACGCCGCUGCCUCUGGAGGAAACGUUGAAUGUCUUAACUUGCUGUUGAGCAGUGGUGCCGACUUGAGUAACAAGGACACAUUGGGAAGAGCUCCUUUGCACUACGCUGCGGCGAAUGGGAGCUACCAGUGCACGGUGUCCCUGGUGAGUGCUGGUGCCGAGGUGAACGAGCUGGACCAGAAGGGCUGCAGCCCCCUGCACUAUGCCGCUGCCUCGCAGACCUUCCGCCGAGUGGACAGACAUUACUCAGUUGGACACCAUAGUGAGGAGAGGGCCAAGGAGGCCUUUUUUUGUUUAGAGUAUCUGCUGGAUAAUGGGGCUGACCCAGCUCUGAGGAACACCAAGGGUUACAGCGCAGUCCACUAUGCAGCAGCCCACGGAAACAAGCAGAACCUGGAGCUGCUCUUGGAGAUGUCUUUCAACUGUCUGGGAGACGUGGAGAGCAGUGUUCCAGUUAGCCCUUUGCACUUAGCCGCGUAUAAUGGUCACUGUGAGGCUUUGGGGGUGUUGUCUGAGACGCUGGUGAGUCUGGAUGUUCGGGACGCGGGGGGGCACACCGCCCUCUACCUGGCAGCGCAGCGGGGACAUGCUCAGUGCGUGGAGGUACUGCUGUCCCACGGGGCCUCCUGCCACCUCAAGGAGCGCCGCCGCAAGUGGACCCCGCUUCAUGUCGCAGCUUCCAACGGCCAAACAGACUGUCUGCUCAUGCUGGUCAACCGAGGAGAGAAGGCUGACGUCAUCGAUAUUGUCGACAUACAGGGACAGACGGCUCUGAUGCUGGCAGCUCUGGGUAGUCACACUGACUGUGUCCACAUCUUGCUGGAGAAGGGAGCCGGGGCUGACACCGCUGACAAGAGAGGCCGCACUGCUCUACACAGAGCUGCGGCGAUGGGCUGUGAGGACUGUGUGUCGGCCCUGCUCGAGCACGGGGCCUCUGCUCUGUGCAGGGAGUCCCGGGGACGCACACCCCUGCACCUGGCCUCCUCCUGCGGCCACAUGGAGCUCCUGCGCAGCCUGCUGCAGGGUGCCACAAGCACCGACCCCCUGGACUCCUUGUUGGACUACAGCGGAUACACCCCCGCCCACUGGGCAGCCUACCACGGGCACGAGGACUGUUUGGACGUUUUUCUUGACCACAAACCUUUUAGCAUACAGGAAGGAAACCCCUUCACCCCAUUGCACUGUGCUCUAAUAAAUGGCCAUGAUGGUGCUGCUGAACUACUGGUAGAGACCGUUGGAACUCAGAUGGUGAACAUCAGAGAUGCCAAAGGAAGGACCCCGUUGCACGCAGCUGCCUAUUCAGAGAGUGUGGCCGGGCUGCAGCUGGCCCUGGUUCAGGGGGCAGAGGUCAAUGCGGUGGACACCACCGGACACUCCGCGUUGAUGGUUGCCGCCAACAACGGACAGACUGCAGCCGUCGAGGUCCUGCUGCACCAGGCCAAGGCAGACCUGACCCUGCUGGAUGUCAACGACAACACCGCCCUUCACCUGGCCUGCAGCAAGGCUCAUGAGAUGUGUGCCCUGUUAAUCCUGGGAGAGAUCAGCGACCCCUCCCUCAUCAAUGCAACAAACGGUGCACUGCAAAUGCCCCUUCAUAUCGCUGCGAGGAAUGGUCUGGCUACGGUGGUGCAGGUGCUGCUCAGCCGGGGGGCAGCCGUGAUGGCUGUUGAUGAGGAGGGCCACACCCCAGCCCUGGCCUGUGCCCCUAACAAGGAUGUGGCGGACUGCCUGGCCCUGAUCCUCUCCACCAUGAAGCCUUUCCCUCCCAAAGACGCCAGCGUCGCCGCCUCCUUUGGCCUCAACCUGCUGAAGCACUGUGGCAUCGCCGCCUGCGGGCCCCUGCCCAACGGCAACCUGCGCCACACCUACGCCAAGGACCGUCAUGGCACCAUCGGCCUGGACGGCUGCUUCACCGAGUGAGAUGAAACCCCCCCCCCCAAACCUGCUCCCCCUCAGACCGCCAUACCCUAGGUGCCCCUGUCCCGUUGUAUCUCUAACUAGCCGGAUCGCCCCUCUUUAAUCCACUAUGAUCCGGGUUACAACCCCCUUUCUAACACACAACAAGAGCAGGAAUAUACUUAGUUUCACGUGUGUGUGUGUUUGGAUGUGUGUGCGUGUGUCUGUCUGUUUGAAGAAAAACAAAAUCCCUAAUGGGUGUUGUCAAACCUAUAUGCAAUUAUUUGCCUCUCUCCUCUGGCAUCAUUUUCAUUGUUUAUUUGUCUGUCGUCACUAGCCUGGGCUUAGGUAAGACACCCUCUGUCCAGUGUCCAGGACAGAGCUCGUCACAGAGUCCCUCUAAAUCCUACCAGCAGUGAUGAUUUUUACCCCUUACGAUAUUAUCAUGGAUGUUUUUGUUGAAUUAACAGAUUCACAAGCAUGUGUGACAAGUUACAGAUAGUAUCAUUUUAGUUCUAAAUUAAAUUUCAAUUUUUGGUGAAUUUUUGAUAUUGCACUUCAACAACGAAUAAACUAACCUCGCAAAUCCCAGUGAAAGCGAUGACCUAGUAGAAGGAGAACGGUGCCUCCAACUUCUCUGACUUAAACUGGCGCAAUAUGCAGCAUGUGUGGGUAUUUUCCGUGCUGUGCGUCUCUGAAGAGAGAGAGAGUUGAAAGCUCUGCACAGAAACCGCAUAGUUUAAAAAAAUAAGCGGUUACAAGCUGGUGUCUACUCCCCUAGACAUCCGACAACAAGCACUUCCUAAUGGCUAAGGCCAUCUGAGUGACACCAUCCAACGGGUCCAGACACUGCCUGACUGGGGGUUUCUGCAUUAGCCCCCCUCUCAAGGAGUCCAUACUAAAGGAAGAAGUUGUGGUUCUUGCCUGAACCCCACUACCGCUUGUCACUGUCGUAGGCGUUUCUGGAUAUUUAAACAAUGUUGUGCCUAUGGAACACUGAGAAUUACUGAGAGAUGACCCCACCCCCUCAUCCCCAACUAGUUUAUGCCCUCUGAUCUCCCACCUUAUCCCUGAUUAUUUGAGACUUAAAAAGAGAACAAUUCUAGUGGGACAUUUUUAAAGGAUGAAAUUCAGUUUUUUUUUUUUAAGAAAGAUGGGUUUAGCACACAUACUGAUUGCGGUAUAAGCUAUUGUUGUAUAAACACUUGUUUACACAAUGUAAACCGACGUCGCAUUUACUUGUGAAUUGUCAGUCAAAUAUGUUUGCACAACAGAGCCAUGAGAAAAUACGUGUUUUUAAUAUAGCUGCUAAAAUAUUGCUGCCUUUUCCAUGGAUUGUAUUCACGGUUUCCGUCAAUGCGGAUCUACAUGUAAUGUUUAAUUUGACUCUUUACGUUAUUUGGAAUUGGAAGCAAUAUUCAGUCACAGACAGCCUUCAAACUCUGAUAGCAUUUUUAUUUCCCUGCUGUUUGCUAUAGUGGAAAGGUUCAUGUCAUUUUCCCUUUUUUUUAACCUAUUUAUCUAUUCAUGCCAAACAGCCAUACUUGUUUGCUUCUGUCUUCUUUUGCACAUUAGUUGAAUCAAUUUAGUUUUUUGUGUUUCAUUUGAUUAAGCUAUUUAUGAAGAUUGUUAGUUAUGUUAAUUAGAACAUAAUUCAAAUUAUGUUCACUGUUGUAAUUGUUUUCAUGUGGUUGUAGCGUUUUGAAAAAAUUCAGAUUACAAAAUCUAUCAGUAUUUGACCUUACUCACACUUCCAUAAACUAAUUGGAAUUCAGGAACAUUUCAAAUCCAUGGUGUACUGUAAUAUUAAGCAUUAUCCUAUUUUGUUAAUGUAUUUUCAAUAUUACAUAAAUGUAGUUUGGCUUAGAUAGUGAAAUUGUGAAAGUAGUGGUAAUGUACCAGUAUCUUUACUCUUCACAAUAUAUGGCUAACACUGAAAACUAACAUAUCUGCAUUACGUUAUAUAUAAGUAACUGCAUCUCGGAAGUGGUUUAAGAAGUGUCUUAGAGUAUUUUAUUUAUUUGAAUUUCAAAGAAUACCAAAAGUGAUUGAUUUCUUUUACACCCAUUUUCAAGUAUGUGUGCUCCCGUUUCUCUUUUGCGUCAACAAGAACACCAUGUAGGCAUGUCUGGUACCAAUACCUCUAUCGUGUGAUACACUGACAACCUCAUCCACCUUUCUCAGUUGAAUAGUUUGUUUUUUCUCGACAUGCCUCAGUCCUAUCAUCACUUGUGUAACCUAAUGUUACCCCUAGAAUUGUUCUCUUUGAAUGGAAUAUCGAAACCAUUUAGCACAUCUCUUUAGAUGUACAUACUAUUAUUUAUAUAAGAAAAAAACAUUGCAUCAAUUUCUGAAUCAUUUUGCAGACUGAGAUUCAUGGUCAGUUCCUGGUGCAUUUGACGAUAUGGCUGGGAAGGAACUGUUUCAAAAAAGAAUGUAGGAAAAAAACUAGAGAAACAGAGAGAAAAAACAGCUUAUCUGUUCCGUGGCCAGUACUGGUAUUCUGCAAGGUAUUUCAUGUCAAAGCGUUUAAGAAGAAAACAAGAUGACCAAGUCUAUCCCUUACAUGUAGGAAUAGCAAAUGCCAAAACCAGUGUCGUCGUCGUUCCUCACAUUUAUACUAAUAUGCUGAACAAAAUGAUUGUAUUAAGCUACCUGAACAUUUUGUGGCAUUUUACAUAAGCCUUUUUAUAUGAUGUCAGAGAAGGUUUAGUUCAAUGACGUGAGAUCACAUCGAAUAGUAAGCCAUUAAAUAAUGUUCUUAUUAUGUUCAAGGGUAACUCGCUAUGUUAGAAUUUUUUGGGUUGGUUUAAAUAUGAACUUCUCAUAACUAGGUCCCAUCCAUUGUUUAUCUUAUAUUGUGUGACAUUUCAUUGACCAUAGAUUUGGUUUAGCCUAUGGUUUUGUUAGGCUGGUUAGAUACGACAUUGAAAACAAAAAUCCCCUUUUGGAACAAGUUUCAUGUGGGACUGAAUUGUUCAAUUAGGGGUUCAAGAAAGCAUAAGUCAAGAAAGCAUAAGUCAAGAAAGCAUAAGUCAAGAAAGCAUAAGUCAAGAAAGCAUAAGUCAAGAAAGCAUAAGUCGAGUGUGUGGAGGUUAGAAGCCUAAAAAGGAUUACAUUCAUGAUAUACCGCCAAGACUCUUUUUUUAAUGUUUUUAUUUCCUCCCUCCCUAUUUAACCAUUCCGUUUACACUGUGGACAAGGAUUACCCUAGUAUUGUGCUUUUUAGGGCAAUAGAACAAUGGAAAGCAUUUUUCCAUUUUCAAUAAUGCAACAACAAACAACUCUAUUUUCACUCAGUCCUGACCCAAAGCACUUAUUUCAAGAAUAAGCACUUUUGUAUAUUUAAUAUCUCUAUGUAUGUGUGUGUUUACAUAGGUUACCUAUGUAGAUAUGAACUUAUAUUUAGGGAAGACAAUACCUUCAAUGGAGAGAUGAGAGUAGAUGAACUGGUGACGGAUCUUCACGAUCAUGUGUGAUGUGUGGGUGCUUGUAUGAGAGACAUGGUUUAAUUGGAGGGUCAUGGUUCUCUUUGGGAUUAGCAUAAGGGAGCAGUGAAGAGUUGAGGGUCACCCCUUUCGUGUGCAAACGUACGCAGCCCAAAGUACAUUUCAAACGGAAAGUAUACUUGCACUGCCUUUGUAAAAAAAAAAAAAAAAAAGCAGGGGAUGAAACUCAAGAACAUGUUUGAUUAAGUGCAGAAAUGUAAGAUAUUACGUACAUUUGCAGACGUCUCCACUGAGCCAUAAUAGUCCAUUGCUGAUUUUUUAAAAUGUAUGUCUAAAUUAAAGUAGGGGUUUUGGUUGUUGAAUAACUGACAUUUUUGCUGCACUGUUUAACUAAGAAAAAAGUAAUAGAAAUGAUGGGGACAAUAAUGAAAAAUGAACUAAAGCAACAUCUUUACCUCUGCCUUCUCCUCGUGCAUCGAUGCAGAAGGAUUGUGUUUUAUCUUGAGCCAUUGAAGGGUAUUAUUGCAUUCAGCGGAUGGGUUAGUCUAUUGCCUAACAAUGUGGUGCAUACAGUGCCUUCAGAAAGUAUUUAUAUCCUUGACUUAUUCCACAUUUUGGUGUUACAUUUUGAAUUCAGGCUGUAUUAAAUAUGACUUUUUUCUCACCAAUCUACACACAAUGCCCCAUAAUGACAAAGUGAAAACAUUUUUAUUGACAUUUUUGCAAAUGUAUUGAAAAUAAAAUGCAGAAAUACCUAAUUUGCUUAAGUAUUCACAAACCUGACUCAAUACUUUGUUUGAAGCACCUUUGGCAGAGAUUACAGCUGUGAGCCUCGAAGAGCUUUGCACACCGAGAUUGUGCAAAAUUUGCCCAUUUAAUAUUUUCUAAAAUUCUUAAAGCUCUUUCAAAUUGGUUGUUGAUCAAUGCACGACAACAAUUUUCAUGUCUUGCCAUAGAUUUUCAAGCCGAAUCAAGUCAACUGUAACACUCAGGAACACUCACUGUAUUCCUGGUAAACAACUCCAGUGUGGAUUUGGCCUUGUGUUUUAAGUAAUUGUCCUGCUGAAAAGUGAAUUAAUCUCCCAGUGUCUGGUGGAAAGCAGAUGGAACCAGGUUUUGCUCUAGGAUUUUGUCUGUGCUUUGUUCCAAUCCAUUUAUUGUGUUUAUCCUGAAACUCUCCAGUCCUUUUUUUUAACCCAUAUUUUAUUUAGGUAAGUUGACUGAGAAGACAUUCUCAUUUACAGCAAUGACCUGGGGAAUAGUUACAGGGGAGAGGAAUGAGCCAAUUGUAAGCUGUGGCUGAUUAGAGGGCCAUGAUGGUAUGAAGGCCAGAUUGGGAAUUUAGCCAGGACACCAGGGUUAAUACCCCUACUCUUACGAUAAGUGCCAUGGGAUCUUUAGUGACAACAGAGAGUCACGUCCCAUCCGAAAUACGGCACCCUACACAGCGCAAUGUCCCCAAUCACUGCCCUGGGGCAUUGGGAUAUUUUAUUUAGAUCAGAGGAAAGGGUGCCUCCUACAGGCCUUCAACACCAUUUCCAGCAGCAUCUGGUCUCUCUACCAGGGCCAACCCUGCUUAGCUUCAGAAGCAAGCCAGCAGUGAGAUGCAGGGUGUUAUGCUGCUGGCUUACAAGCAUACCCAUAACAUGAUGCAGCCACCACUAUGCUUGGAAAUAUGGAGAGUGGUAUUCAGUAAUGUGCUGUGCUAGAUUUGCCCCAAACAUAGCACUUUGUAUUCAGGACAAAAUGUGAAUCUUUUUUUUUUUUUGCUUUCUGAAGGCACUGCCUUAUGUCUAUCAGUACAAACCUCACUCCAAUAUAAUCAUUGUGACUCUUGUAAUCACGGGAUUAUUUUAUUUCCUUUCAAGUUUUAUUUUGUCAACAGUUGGCACAGGAGCUAUCCCUCCUGUUAAUCAUGUACUCGUCAUUUUUUCUAUCAAGAUUGCCUUACAAUACCUCUCAAAUUAUGAAUCGUUGUUUUGUUACUCCAUUUGUUUUCUGAUUUGCAUUUGGGAAUGUGUCCCUUUUUGUCUUACAUCAAUACCAUAUCAAAACAGUCGUCCUUAAAAACACCCCAUGCUGUUACCUAGACCCACAAGUGCUGUAGAAAUCCCUGUUUGUCUGCCUAUGGAAAAAGGAAGUGUCUAUGGAGAUUAAAAAAGUAAAGGUCAAGUUUGACAACUGACAAUAAUACCUUACAAUGGCUGAAAUUGCAAAAAUUGACAACUUUCUCAAAGUGCUUCAGAUUGUAGGAAUAAGUGAUAUGGGAGCUUUGGGCAAGGGGAGGAGUGAAAUGCAUAGCAUUAGGUAAUUGUAAUUUGCAUGAUGCAAGACUGAUCAAGUCGAUUUUAUUUGAGCGUGAUCGAAAACAAUAUGGCAGGGUGGCUAGUAGGGUAGAAGAUGGUAAAAUUGCACAAAAGUAGUUGAGUCAGAAUACUGUAAACUGAGUUACAUGUUAAGUUGGGGGAAUAACUAUUGAAAGGAAGCAUAUUCAACAUCUUUGUUUCCUUCCAUUUUUCUUUUGAAAAAAAUUCAGGGUACUUAUUGAUUUUGGGCAACUUGUAAAAUGUUGCCAUCAUAUAUGUGAGUGGAAAGAAAGACUGAGUAGGGUCAUGUUGAAAUUGGAGAAUAGGAAAAACUUACUUUUGACACUAUUGUCCUUCAAGUGAGAAAGCAUUCAUCUGAGAACGAACACUUAUGUCAUGCUGAUUUUAAAUAACCUCCUAAAUUAGGUGUGGAAGGGAUAAAGUUAGAAACAAAGAGGCUGUUGGUUUCUUUUGGUUAUGCCAGUGAUCCCCAUGGUGAUGCUGUCCAUAGCGUAUUCCUCUGGGAUAUCUGCCAAUGACUGUACCUCGAGGACAUCGGUGUCCUUCAUUACUUGAAAACUCAUUGGAUGAAGGCAAUAGCUAGGCAGUUACCAUUGUGUUUUUCUUUUAUUUCCAUUUAAAAUAUUAUUUUGAAUCAAGAGUACACAAACGUUUUCUCUUCUCCAAGCAUAAUUAAACUGCUGAAUUAGAUCUUUAUUUGUCAUCGGUGUACUGUUAUCAAAGAAUUCUUCAAAAUGGCUACAAUUCACAAAAAAAGUGAAUAAAUAAACAUGUAAGAUGCGGUAAGUUAUUUUUAAGUGGAUUUUAACAAGAAGUUAAAAGUAAUAAAUCUCAUGUCAUAGUCCGUCAUAAAUUUACAUUUGAUCACCAAAACAAACACCUCUUGAUAUGGAUGGAAUUAUGUCUUAAGUAUAGAUCCAUGAGUGAAGCUCAAUAUUAAAGGGAUACUUCGGGGUUUUGGCAAUGAGGCCCAAUGAGACUCAUAGAUUUCCAGUCAUUGCGCUAACGCUAGUCAGCAACUUCCUUCAAACUACGCAGACACAUAAAAAUGGUAUCCACGAGUUCAUCUGACUGGAGAAGUAGAUAAAGGGCCUCAAAUCCCGAAGUAUCCCUUUAAGUUCUUCCAUGAUUCUAACUGCUGCAUGUCUGUCCUGUCUAUGUACACAACAUAUUUGAUGUUCAGAUUCUUUGAAUGUAUAUUAUGUUAAUGCUUUCAUUGUUAAUUUGUCAUUGUUGUACAACUACACUAGGUGGAAAAGAUUUCCAUGCUUAUUCAAUCAUAACUUCCAAAUGCUUGUUAAAAUGGAACAAAACUGUUGGUCUCACUUUAAAAAUAAGGUCUUGAAAUGUUGCAGUAAGAAGUGUAAUUUUGCAGAAUUUGGCACGUGUCUAACAUUAUUAUUGAGAGACAAUUGACAUUUGUUCCAUUUUCAUGUGGGAUUGCCCAUACCCCUGUAUAUCGCGGCACAUAUACUUUAGGUCAUGGAGAAAAUAAAUCAAAACAAACACAAUAAACUGGUUAUAGAAUUUAACAAUUAUAUAUUGACUCCAGACUUCUGGCCUUUUCUUUUUACAGAGACUGUAAUUUUUUUGUUGGCACGCAUGUAGCUAGUGCUCUUUUCUGCAUUAUAGUCCUCAUAGGUGGUGUGGCCUGUUGUACUGUCCAAAGUUUGUUUGGUCCUGAAUUAACUAGAGGGAUCUGGUUGAAUACUUUUCUCUCUUGUGCCUCUGUAGUUAAGGCUUAGCAACAUAUACCUAUGAUCAAAACAAAGCAUACUGAUCCUUUGAUUCACUUUAUUCAACCCAGUAGUUGGCUGCUUUGAAAAACUUCAGGGACAAAAUUUCGACACACCAGUUGCUUUUAUUUUGUCCGUUUUCUCUUCCUCUUUAAGGGCAGUUACUGAGUUGACCUCUCACUCCAAAAAUACUAUGUAAGAGUAACGUUACUCUUUAAAGGGAUGCAAUGUUUUUGUCUUAGUGGAGAGUAAUGUCGACACUUUCUAUUGUGUGACUUCAUGUAUUACUUGAUUAGCCAUAAUCAGACAUGGAACAGCUUACCUCAAUGUUAUAUCUCGCAAUGUUAUAUCUCGCAAUGAUUUUUAUCCAAGCCAGUGCAUUUUGUUAAUGUAUUGAACCUCAUUGGAGAGUAAAUGUUAUCUGAUACAUAUUAUGCAAGAUGAAAACAUUUAACUUUUUUCUCUUUGAUUUGAUGGUUCCUUCAUGACUUGACUGCUUCUUGACAACUACCCAUAGGAUGGACAAUGCAAAUAGGUGAAUAAGGAUAUUAAAUCAUGAUAUUUCCAUUAAAGGAAUGCCUUAGUAGGCAAAAGAGAGAUGUCUCAGAACGGAACUGGUUUUAGAUCCAUCAUAAAGUACCUUAUUUAUGAGAGUUGUGUGCAUUCUUAUACUGUAUGUCACAUGGCUGCUCAAAAUUAUGGGGUUGGAAUCUAUUUUGAUGUCGUAGAUAAUUGAAGAUGGUUAAAGAAUAUUAUUUGAACUUGUAAACGGCAAAACUCAGAUCCUCUAUUACUGUCAAUACAAUCCUGACUGACACUUUGUCCUGAUACAAACAGGUAUACUAAACUGUGUCAUUAGAAAACAAUUGAGCAAAUAGUGAAGUCUGAUUUUUAUAUUUUAUGCAUCACGAAAUUGGUCUUCCAUUCAUGCCAACUGAAAGCCUUAUUGUUGAUAAAAGUUGAGGUCGCACAACUACUCACAAUCACAGACGGGGUGAAGUCAGUGAGCCAUUGUUCAUUCAUAAUACAAAACAUGAUGCUAGGCUAUAGUGCUUCCCAAUCUCAUCAUCCAUGUGGUCCACUGUGGUUUGAAUCCUGGAGAAAUUGUUAAUUGGCUGGAUACAUUUUUCAAAGCACAAAUCCAAAGAAACACUCGUGCUGUUGUCAUAAAUCCAAACACCUGGAUGUACAACUUGACUAGUUUAUUUAGCUCUUGUUUGAUUCUUGCCUUAGUCUUGCUUGGCUUGCCAUAUUUUUCAAUGAACAGCCUUUCUUAAGGGACCUGAAAAACCACACAGUGAAAUAGUUUUGGAUCACUGUAGUGAUAAUACUGAAGUUGUAGUGUGAAUUCAUAACAAAAGCAAUAUUGGCAAGUGCACUUUGUUGGAUGUUCUAAGCACAUCACUAAAAAUGCACUGCAGACAGUAGUGUGUAGAGAUUGUUGAUUUACUUACUCAACUAAAUGGUAUUGAAAUCAACAUGGUGAAUUAUUAUAAAGCUGAGAGAGAGAUUUAAUAUUUGACAUUUGUAGUACCAUUUUAGCAGUGUAUAUGUUGAUUUGAUCGGGAUGUAGUUUCAGUUGGUGUCUGUACAACCCCUUCUAACCGUAUUUCAAGUAUUUGAAGGCAAAAAAGAACACACUUAAGAUAAUCAAGACUUAAAAGUUGUAGCUUAAAACAUUUUAAUAGCUAGUUUGUAUGCAACCCCUUUAUUUGGGCAUCUAUGUUUGUGUUUUAUAUAAAUUGUUCUCUGUAUUGCGAUAUGUUCUAAGUAUAAUAUAUGUAAUCUUCAAGGUAACAUCAAGGCACUGGGUUCGGUUGAGGUGGUGGUCGAAGAUUGUAUUUUGUGGACAAGAAAGACAAUGGAUUGCUAUGCCAUAGAACUUAAGGAUGUAGUGAUUAGUUUUAUAGUACAGUGAGUAGGCAUAGAGUUCUAUGUUUGUGUGAUGAUUUGGGAAGUUAGAUGUCAUGUCUUCAUUAGUGAGUAUGAUGUCAUGAAUGUGAGUGUGAGAUGGCAAUAUGAACUGCUAUCAGCAAAAGGGCAAAGAAAAAGUGUGUCUUCGUUGAUGGCUAUUGUACUACUUUACACACUUUCCUGGUUUACAAAUACCGUAAAGAAUAUUGUUAUUUUGUUUCUAAUUGGUAACACGAAGUACAUUCCCUUUGAAACACAAGUGAUGUUUGUAAGAUUCUGGUGCUAUAGUCUGUAAUAGUUUUUGGUUUGAGUCCAUAAAUUGUAUUAUUUUAAUUUGAGCAUAUUUGAAGAUUAUAAUAUGUAAGGUUAGGCCUACUGGUUUCUGGUACAGUAUCCUACGUAGUAUGUGUGGUAGCCUAAUAUGCAUUAACUGACCCUUUGAAUAAAAUGUAAAACUCUAGUGUAAUUGAAAGCUUGAGGUUGGUGGUUGGCUGUGUCCUUUGCCUUAACAGCCCUCCUUUUUUAUUUUGGUUCUGGAUAUAUGAAGCUCUUAUUCAGGAGGGCAGAGGCAUCUUGUUUUGAUUCAGUCAUUGGACAUUGCUUUGUAUGAUGCGGGGAUUUGUUUACUCCAUAGACAAGCCAGGCAAAAUAUAACAGGCCAUGUCUACGGGCUAUGACCUUGAAUUAUUAUGUGCUUUGAUUGGCUAGCAGUGUCCUGUCCAUAUUGCUUCUGCUAGAAUUUCAUUGGCUCCUUGUUUCGCUGCUUUUCUUUUCACCAUCUCGGAAGUUGCGGGUUAAAGUUAUGAAUUGGUCAAGAAUUUCAUGUCAGGGACACGUGGUUAAAAAAAAUUGCAUAUCUGGUUGUGGUCCUUAGAAUGGAUGGGAUAUGCCAAGCCAAUGUUUAAGACAGCAUGUUAACCUCUCCUGUGACUUCAGUGUGAACUGUAGGUGAUCAUGAAAGUGUUUAUUGUGCUUCAUUUAGGCCUAAUUAUAAAUUCAGGUGGUGCAAUGUGAGCAAGUGAAAAUGCAUAAAAUGCUUUUUCUGGCCUUUUAUCAACUUUUCACUGUUUUCUCUUGCACCUUAGGCUCUGUUUUGAAGUAAGUUACGGCUACUGCUGCCUGGUGGAGAGUUUGAGCAUGCCUGCAUUCAGUAUUGUGUAUUUUCUAGAGCCUUCAGUUGCUUACAGCAACAACAACAAAAAAUCUUAUAUAGGUUUUACUAGCAUGACAUUGUGCGAUAUUAAAAUCAUAUUACCUCAGAAAAUAUAUCAAUUACAAUUUAAGGAAUUGAAAUGGGGGAAAAACGGUCUCUCAUCCAAAAUGGAAUCUCAUUGGCAAGAUACAAAGUCCAUGCUAUUCUGAAAGUAAAGAUUACAUUUGCUACUAAUGUAAUUGCUAUGAUCAUGUUUUGCCUACCUCCUUGAUGCACAACUCAUCUUUGUCUUCUUAGCUCAUAACCACCUAUACUUGUGUCUCAAAAAUAUGAACGCAUAUUAAUCACUUUUAAUCUAAAAGACAAAUCAAAUGUGAUUUUGUGUGUGUGUGUGUGUGUGUGUGUACGAGCAUGUAAAAUGAAAGGAAAAAUAAUAUAUCACAACAGCCACUGGAAUGUGAAGCCAAACUGUAUUAUGAUCAGAAUGAAAUCUCUUUAAGGUCUGUUGUAGCAUACACGUGAACCUCGUCUGUGGUACAUGUUUGCUAUCCUUCAGAUACUUGUCGCAACAAGGUACUUUAUGAUUGCUUUUAUUUAACCCUCUGAAAGUAUCCUUUAACCACCAGUAAUCAUCCGGGUUUUUACUGUACGUUUGUAAGUUGAGCCAUAUGUCUAAACAUCAAGUUUACAGUUGUAACUGUGUGAAACUACGAGAGAUUGGGAGAAUGUGUGUGCAUCUAACUUCAUUACAAAAGCAACAAAUAACUAAGGCUCUUACUGAAGUCUGAUUAUGAAUGUGGUGUUUAUGUGUGAAGGUAAAUGUUAUCGUAUCCAGCCUUAAGCAUUCAAAAUAAAAUAAAUGAAUCAUUUGUCAUACUACCCCCCCCAGACCUUUGAGAUUUUGACUGAAGCAGAGGAAUGUGCGAUGCAGCAUUAGGGAAUAAGAGAUACCCUAAAAGAGACAUACAACCCCCCCCUCCCACUCCUGAACAAGUAUCCAACUGUCAUGAUAAUGCAAUCCUUGAAAGCACUUUGCCUUGGUAUAUCAUUAAGUGUGCUAGUGAAUGGUUAUGUGUUACAAAAAUUACAUGCAUAAUGAUUUGAGUGAAUCAAACAACGUAAUCUGCAUUGACCUUUGACAUUACAGGAGAAACUUAACAAACCAAGGCAUUGAAACCUUAUCAAUUUUAUACAAUGUAUGCUGCAGCCUAUGAGUCUUGUCAUUCAGUGUUGUGGCUUAGGAUUGGUUGUUUAAAUAAAGUGCUAUUGCUUAAUA